AUGAAUCGUUGUGUCAACAACAACUACACUUUCACUGGAUUCUGGAGAUCAUGGCACGGUAGUUUCAACAAGUGGACCGUUCGUUACCUCUACAUCCCACUCGGUGGUAAGAAGACACAGCACCUCACCAUCUGGCUCAUCUUCUUCUUCAUCGGACUCUGGCAUGAUCUCUGGUGGAGUUGGGUUGCCUGGGCAUUACUCAACUGUGUAUUCUUUACAAUUGAAAUUGGUAUAAUGUUUUAUUUCUAUUCACCAAGAAGAUUAUCACUUAGAAAACAAUGGUAUUGGAGAUAUAUUGUUGCAGUAGCAGGUACAUUCAAUAUUUUCUUGUUGAUGAUUGCCAAUCUUGCAAUUCUUCAUGGAUUCGAAAACAGUAUUCUAUUUGUAAAGAAUGCAUUCUUCUCGGAGGGUGGUCUCAGUGCUUUCGUAUUUUCUUAUGUUUGGUUGUAUUGCGGUAUUACCAUGAUGAUGGAGAUUCGUGAAGCGGAGAAACGAUCAAAAGAAGUUAAACCUUUUUAA